AUGAAAUAAAGACCUACAACUGCCAAAAUACCAAUAAAUUUAGACUCUAAUGAAAUUCAAUAAUUAUACGAGCUUGAUAGUAAUUCACAUUGAGUUGAACUAGGUCGUUAAUAUUAAUUAAUUGGAAGUAAUCUUUCUCAUUUUGUCAUCUUAAGUGAAUUAGGCAAGGGUUCAUUUGGUGUAGUCUAUAAGGUCAAAUCUACAUAAGAUGGACUGAUCUAUGUCUUAAAGAAGAUUAAUCUGACUCAUCUUAAACCAAAACAUUAAGGUAUGAUGAUUUCAGAUUUUAAGCUGAAGCAUUAAAAGAAGCAUAACUUCUACGCAAACUAAAACAUCCAAAUAUUAUUACAUAUUAUGUAAGUUUCAUUGAAUAAGACAAUCUUUGUAUUAUUAUGGAAUAUGCAGAAGGAGGUGAUCUUUAGAAAGUACAUAAUAAUAUUAAUUAGUUACUCAAAGAAUAUAAGGAAAAAAGAAAAAGCUUUAAAGAAACUACUAUCUGGAAAAUUAGUAAAGAACUAACUCAAGCUAUAUAACAUUUACAUGAUAAUAAUAUAAUUCAUAGAGNCCUUGAUGCACAGAUAUUGUCAAUCGAAAUAAUAUAUUAUUGA